ACUAUUUGAUUCAAAUAAGAUUUUCUGCGAAUAAAUCGACAGAUUCAUACUGUAUCCUCUCUGAAGUGCAGUGUAUUAUGGGUAAGGACGUCAGGUCCGCCAUAUCGGUCUUUUCUCAGCGGCUGAAGGAGAGAGAAGGGAGUCAUGAAAGGGAUCCGAACAUUGAAUCAUCUCUCCAGACGAUGCUAUGCAGCCAGGAGGAGUGAUACCCUGACUGAGCCCUAUUCUGGCCUCAAGAAGGCCUCAGUCUCUCUCCCUCCACAGAAUGUCCAGGUUUCAAAGCUGCCAAAUGGCCUUGUGAUUGCUUCCUUGGAGAACUACUCUCCUGUGUCCAACGUGGGUGUGUUUGUAAAGGCAGGCAGUCGCUAUGAGACCGUGGGGAGCCAGGGGGUCAGCCACGUGCUGCGGUUGGCAGCUAACCUUACUACUAAGGGUGCGUCUGCAUUAAGAAUAUGUCGGGGCGUGGAGGCAGUGGGAGGCAGUCUGAGUGUAACGUCAUCAAGAGAGACCAUGGUAUACUCGGUUGAGUGCUUGAGAGACCACUUAGACUCUGUUAUGGAGUACCUGAUUAAUAUGAUCACAGCCCCAGAGUUCAGGCCAUGGGAGGUGGAAGACCUCACUUCCAGGGUGAAGAUAGACAAGGCCCUGGCCCAGCAGUGCACACAGAUAGGUGUCCUUGAGAAGCUGCAUGAAGCUGCGUACAAGAACGCCCUCUCCAACUCCCUAUACUGUCCCGACUACAUGGUCGGCCGGAUCACUCCGGAAAAGCUGCGGUCCUUCAUUGAGAACAAUUUCACCAGUGCGAGAAUGGCCCUAGUAGGACUAGGGGUGAAACACUCGGUGCUGAGGCAGGUGGGGGAACUGUUUCUUGGCGGACGCAGUGGGGCCGGAGCAACUGGUGCCAAGGCUCACUAUCGCGGAGGCGAGUUGCGAAUGCAGAACGGCGACAAUCUGGUUCAUGCACUGAUCGCCAGCGAAGCUGGCAUUGCAGGAUCGUCGGAGGCCAACGCCUUCAGUGUGCUGCAGAGGGUUCUUGGAGCUGGGCCGCAUGUGAAGAGAGGCUCCAACGUCACUAGCAAACUGAGCCAGGGCAUUGCCAAGGCAACCACAAAACCUUUUGACGCUACAGCCUUCAAUGCCACAUACUCUGACUCUGGCCUUUUUGGAGUCUACACCAUUGCCCAAGCAGACUCUGCCGGAGAGGUGAUCAAGGCCAGUAUUGCCCAGGUGGUGGGCAUAGCCCAGGGAAACCUGUCUGAAGAGGAUGUGAACAGAGCAAAGAACCAGAUGAAAGCAGAGUAUCUGAUGUCCAUGGAGAGUUCAGCGUGUGUGCUGGAGGAGCUGGGGGCUCAGGUCCUGGCCAGCGGGGCCUACCAGGCACCAGAGAACAUCACACAGUGCAUUGACACAGUCACCCACACUGAUGUGGUCAAUGCUGCAAAAAAGUUUGUGGACAGCAAUAAAUCCAUGGCAGCCAGUGGACACCUCUUUAACACACCCUUCAUUGAUGAAUUAUGAAACUACGAUUUAACUACAACAACUAAUACACCUUUAUUUAACAUUUGAACCUGUGAAGGUUGUGCCUAGCUGCUUACCGAAGAAGAGGAGGAGGAUCCCCUAAACCAUAUCCUCCCUCUGCAAAUGAUAAUCCUCUGGUGGCAAUCGUUUAAAGGUUGUUCACAAAUAACUGUAAAUGGGGAUCUGGAGUAAUGUUUUUCUGUCCAUGUCACUGUAUAUCUGAUGUAAAUUCAUUAAAAGAUCUAUAUAAGGUAAACAAAGGUAAUGGUAUUUGCUCAAAUUUACAUUGCAUGUUAGUACAGUCAUGACCAACAGGAGGCGACAAUGCAAAGACUAAUCUAUUAUUAUACCAAACGUUUAAGCAAAGGAGAAUGUUUGCGUUAUACUGGAGGAGACUUGAUACAUUUCAAAGCAACAUACAUGCAGGUAUCACACUGCUGGUAGCUUAACUUCAAUAAUAUGUAACUCCACGUGACAAAUCUGUCAAAUACACUAGCCGACAGCUGAAUGUUUGACAAGGAUUUGAAGUGUGCAAACCGUACCCUGGCAUCUGCUUAUGGAUAUUGCCAUUUAAUCAAACAUCCCUCUGAGUUCCAAAGUAAAAAAAUAAAUAAAAAAUGCUAGAUCUUGUUGAUAAUUACUAACACUACGAAUAGUAGUCAUAUAUGAAAAGAAACGUAAUUUACAUUAGGUAGCCGGAUGAAAAAAGGUAAUCAUUCUGGUCUGUCUUCAGAUGGAAUAAUGAGAACCACUUUACCUGAAAGCAAUGUAAACAAUGUGCUAUUAACUUUGGAAAUAAAAAGUAUGCCUUCACA